AAAUCAUAAACAACUCGCAGCGGACGAAAGCUCUUUAAUGCAGUUUACUGAUAUGUUUACUGAGUACUAACUCCAUAUGUAUUUCUUUGUCUGUUUAAGUAGCUGUUACUUUUUAUUGGACAAUAAGAAACUAAAGUAAAUCACGGUUACUAAAACAAUUUUUCCGCUGAUAAACUAGAAAGAUGCUAGCAAUAAUGUCGCGCUUAUAACUUUAGCAAACUAUCGUGUUGCUGUAACGGUAACUUUCGCCUGAUUUACUCAAUUCUCUAAUUAUGUGUGCAAUGAAUUACAGUUAGUUAAAUAAGUAAGACGUAUCGUCCCAGUAAGCGUUACCAUGGAUCGAUACAACGAUGUGAAACUCCAGCUGAAAAGCUGGGAGCAGGGGUUUGUCAAAGACCACCAGAGGAAACCAAACAAGGAAGACAUUGAUCAAGCUCCAGAGGAGACCAGGAAGCUGUAUAAAGAGUACCGCAGUUUGAAACAAGCCAAAGAAAAUAGCAGCAGUGAUGCAGCUAGCGGACAUGUUGACCAGGCCAGAUCCACAGCUGGGGUCAGCACAGCCCAGAAGGAGGCGGACUGUUGGGGUGCCCAUCUGAACCGCAGUUCACAGCCUGCAUCUUCUCCCAGACUGACAGCUGAGGAUAGAGACAGUCUUAAGGCCUCUGCCCAAUACUAUGGCCUGAAGCUUAAAAACAACCUGGGGACACUCGGUAAGGACAGACCUGUCUCACUCAAGAAAUCUGGCCUUCCUGGUCGGUUGCCUCUAAACUCCUUGAAAGAUGGACAGACAAACAGCCCUGUAGGUGCCGCUGCCAAGACCUCUUCCACUGACCCCGGAUCCAGCCCCUUCACACCAAGAAGAUUUAAGACUGGCCUGUCUUCAAAGACACCGCAGAAAGUGGAUUCUGAAGAGCCGUAUAAUCCAUUUGAACCUGUCAGAGAUUCUUGUGAAGGACCUGCAAGUGCUACCGUUAGUUGUAGUAGUACUAGUAUUUUAGUUAGUAAGAGUAGUACUAGUAAAGUUAUUAGUCCACAAAAUCAAAAUGCCUCUUGUCUAGCUUCCUCUCCAGCCAGAUCUUCUGCCCUGUUGUGGUCGUUAUCUUCUCCACGUAGUUUAGGAACUUCAAGAGCAGAUGUAGGAGCCACAGGAACAUUUAAUGAAAGUAUAGGAGCUUUAGGAGAUGAAAAAGAAACUGUUGAAACUUUAAGAACUCCACAUAAGGGUAUUGAUGAGGCAGGUGUUGGAACUUUGAUUAGCUUGAGGGGAAGCCCUCAGGUUCUUGGAGGUUUCAGAGGAGGAAUGGGAGGUAGAGGCAUUGGAGGAAAGUCCUCUCCUGCCAGCAGACUGAGUUUUGUUGACAAGAAGUGGCUAGAGAGGUGUCAGGUUUUUGGAGAGAUGGGAGCUGAGGUGAAGCCUGGAGCAGGAAACCAGGAGAUCGUCCUGGAGAAAAGAGAAGAGGCAGAAGUGGGGAGAGAAACAGAAGUGAAAAUACAAGGAGAUGAAAAAGAUAUAGAGGGAGAAAAAAGAGAUGCCAGAGCCUUGGGAAACAAUGAGGGGCUUAAGAGCAUUACUAGUGACAGAACAGUCGGCGAUAGUGCAGCGAAACAACACACUGGAAAAAGCAGAGGAAUAGGGAGAGUAAAAGAGAAGGCAGGUGAGGAGAUGGAAAGAGCACUGACGCCAUCGUUAACGCCAGAAGACGACAAUGAGGUUAGCAACAAAUCCAAAGGUACAAAGAAGAAGGGGAGGAAAAGGCAGAGAGAGGGAGAGAACAUGGAUGGAGAGACGACAGAGGAUGGAGGAGUGAAGAAGAGACGUAGGAAUGGCAAACAGAAAGAUGAGAGCUCUGAUGUUAGCUCCAGCACAGCUCAAGAAGGAGGGAAGAAAAAGAGAGCCAAGAAAAAGAGAGAUGACGAUGAAGAAGCAGAAGAAGAGGAAAAAAACAAGGAACCAAAAAAAGUUCCUCAGGAGAACUUGUUAGGAGAAAUAGAGGAGGACUAUAAAGCUCGGAGAAUGCAUCGCACUCAGCCGGUCAAAGCCAAAGGCAUGAAAGGCGCAGAGGGUAACUUUGUGAAGAUAAAUCUGAAGAAGAAAUCUCAUGUCAAAGGAUACGCACUCAGAGGAGCCGGGCUACGCAAACAGAUAUACAUGGAGAAGUUCCAGCUGAAAGGCGAACGCUUUGGUGGAAAUGGAGGGGGUGGUUUCAGAGGGGGUGGUUUCAGAGGGGGGCUCAGCCGGCAGGGUGACACCUGCUACAAGUGUGGAGGGACCGGACACUGGGCCAUGAACUGCAAGGGACCAGCCCCUCCCACUCCUGUCACUGAGGACCAGCCCGCUGAGGAGGAGCCGUUUGUACUUCCCACACUGGAGGAGGUUGCCAGGGCAACAGGCACACUGCAACCUCAGCCGCUGGGGGCGACUCCCAGUACCGCAGAGGAUCAGCCGCACCAAGAUAAGCAGGGGGACGGCAACAAUAAAGACGAAGUGUUGCUGAAUGUGAUUCGUCCUGACUAUGAGCGCCCCACUGCUCCACCACCAAUGGAACCACUUUAUCCUGUCAACGAUGACGGGAAAGUCCAGGAAACACCCGCUGAGGUUUAUGCAGCUCUGAAAGAACUCGGCUAUCAGUCAUUUAGACCAGGACAAGUGGAAGCCAUCAUGAGGAUCCUGUCAGGUCUCUCGACCCUCGUAGUGUUAUCAACAGGAAUGGGUAAAUCAUUGUGCUAUCAGCUCCCAGCCUACCUCUACGCCAAGCGAUCAAAGAGCAUCACUUUGGUCAUUUCACCUCUAGUCUCACUAAUGGAUGACCAGCUGUCUGGCCUGCCAGCCAAUCUGAAGGCAGCCUGUAUCCACUCCAACAUGACGAUGAAACAGAGAGAAGCUGCGAUAGAAAAGGUGAAGUCAGGCGAGGUGUGUGUGUUGCUGCUCUCUCCGGAGGCUCUGGUUGGUGGAGGCGGUUCAGGUUUAGGGUGUCUGCCCUCUGCUCAGGAGCUCCCUCCUGUGGCCUUCGCCUGUAUAGACGAAGCUCAUUGUGUCUCCGAGUGGUCGCACAACUUCAGACCGUGUUACCUGAGACUCUGUAAGGUACUAAGGGAGCGUUUGGGAGUGCAGUGCUUGUUGGGACUCACUGCUACGGCCACACUGUCCACUGCUCUGGACAUCGCACGACAUCUGGACAUCACUGAUGAAGAUGGCAUUGCAGUUCGAUCUGCAGCAGUGCCUCCUAACCUCGUUCUGUCUGUGUCCAUGGAUAGAGAAAAAGAUCAGGCGUUGGUGUCCUUGUUGAAAGGUUAUCGUUUUGGUUGUCUGGACUCCAUCAUCGUCUACUGCACCAGAAGAGAGGAGACGACUCGUGUGGCGGCGCUGCUCAGGACCUUUCUGCAGGGAGUGCUCGUGAAAGAAAACAAACAAGGCAACAGCAGCAGUGUGGCCCAAAUCAACCCUGCAGGACAAAGAAAGAAAGAUCUGGCAAGGAAGAAGAUUCGUAAACCGCUGAAAUGGCAGGCGGAGUCGUACCACGCCGGCUUGUCAGCAUCAGAGCGUCGUCGUGUCCAGAACAACUUCAUGUGCGGGGAGCUCAGAAUCGUGGUGGCCACUGUGGCGUUUGGCAUGGGCCUCGAUAAAUCUGACGUCCGCGGUAUUAUCCACUACAACAUGCCUAAGAGUUUUGAGAGCUACGUUCAAGAGAUUGGGAGGGCAGGAAGAGACGGAGAACCAGCACACUGUCACCUCUUUCUGAACCCUGAGGGUGGGGACCUCCAUGAGCUCCGUCGUCAUAUCUAUGCGGACACGGUGGACUACUACACAGUAAAGAAACUGGUGCAGAAAGUUUUCCCUCCAUGCAAAUGUAAACAAAUACACCAGAAACAACAGGAACUUGUAAAGGACAUUGAAGAUGCGGAGAUGCUGGAAAUGAUGGAUAUGUGUGAUCUGGAGAAUCUGAACCCUCCCACUCAGCAGGACACAGAACAUACAGACGAACCAGUGCUGUUGACUGCGCAGGAGUCGUCACGUCCCGAUGCAACGGAGCUACACCUUCAACACGAUGCAGAGGAAGGAAAGAAAAAGGAGUUGGAGAAGAAAGAGGAUCCAACAGUAGAACACGAAGAAGCUGACGGUUCGAUGAAGCACAAGGACGUGAAGGCGAAAGGAGACGGAGAUUGGCUAAGGGACCAGGAAGAGGAGAGCAGUGAUUGGCCCAGAGAGAGAAUCUGUCACACUCACGAGAGAGCGAUUCCCAUCCAAGAAAAUGUGGAGGCUCUGGACAUCACAGAGGAAGGUAUAGAGACGCUGCUCUGCUAUCUGGAGCUGCAUCCUCAGCGCUUUGUCGAACUUCUCCACCCCACGUUGUCUGUGUGCAAAGUCGCCUGCUAUGACGGACCAAGACAGCUCCAGAAAAUCACUAAAAUUUGCCCUCCGAUUGCUGUGGUGUUGGCCAGAAGGAGGAUGGCGGGCGAGCGGGUGGAGACGUGUGAUCAGCUGGAGUUUGAUGUCGUUGAGGUUGCGGACACUAUGGGAUGGCAGCUAUCUCUCGUGAAGAGAGGACUCAGACAGCUGCAGUGGUCCACUGUUGGUGGACGUAGCGGUGUCCACGUGGAAUUGUCCUCCAUAUCGUUCUACUUCCGAUCCUUUGGCGACCUCAGCGACGAGGAGAUGGACAGAGUUUGUCAGUUCCUCUAUAAUCGAGUGCAGAACCAGGAGAGAACGCAGCUCUACCAGCUGACUGCCUCCUUUAAGGCCUUCAAAAGUGUCUCGUUCCAGAGCGUGUCGUCCUGUGUCGACGAUUUGGAUGAGAGUCGCAGUCUGAGGCUGAAAGACCUCCUGUCUGAGUACUUCGACAAGAGGCGAGAGCGAGGCCACCUGCUCGCACCAGUGGACAUCGAGGAGCUGGACAAAUAUAGGUUGUUAGACUGGGAGAAUCAGAUCAGAGCGGACAUCAGGAGUUUUCUUUCCAACCGAAGUGAUGAGAAGUUUUCUGGCAGAGCUGUUGCUAGAAUCUUCCAUGGCAUAGCCAGUCCUUGUUAUCCUGCUCAAAUCUACGGCAGGGACAGACGCUACUGGAGGAAAUACAUCCAGUUUGACUUCAACCAGCUCAUCAGACUUGCCACUCAGGAGAUCAUUCACUUCAAGUGAGCGACAAACAUGUGCGUUUACAUCCAGCGGCAUGCACACACGCAGGUCUGCACCACUCACGGACCUGCUCAUUCGUACUCUUGAGGUCUGGUUUCGAUGAAUUUGGCCAGAAACUCCUGUUUUUGUUUCUCGUAUCACUUUUAUUCCAUCAUGUGGAAUUAUUUAAACUGGGAUAUGUUCUUCAAUGUUUAGUUAUUAUACUUAUAUGUAGUAUAAAUGUGUUUUUCUUUGUGGACUGUAAUUUAAAAUAAAAUAUUUCUAUUUUUUGUAGCUUGG